CCCCAAGAGAGCAGCUCCCUGCUGCAGGCCCCACCCCUGCCCCCUAGGCCUCUGCUCUCGCUCCUCACCUGCAGACAGGAGCACCAUGGCAACUCCCAAUGACCAGGCGGUUUUGCAGGCCAUCUUCAACCCCAACACCCCGUUUGGAGAUGUGGGGGGGUUGGACCUGGGAGAUGACACAGAGCAGGAGAAAGCAGAUGAAGAUGGAGUUUUCCCUCAAGCCCAGCUGGAGCAGUCCAAGGCCCUGGAACUGCAGGGGGUGAUGGCAGCAGAAGCUGGGGACCUGGCCACAGCCCUGGAAAGGUUUGCCCAAGCCAUCGACCUGCUGCCCGAGAGGGCCUCGGCCUACAACAACCGAGCCCAGGCCCGGCGGCUCCAAGGAGAUGUGGCAGGCGCUCUGGACGACUUGGAGCGGGCCUUGGCGCUGAGCGGCGGCCGGGGUCGCGCCGCCCGCCAGAGCUUCGUGCAGCGCGGGCUGCUGGCGCGACUGCAGGGCCGGGACGACGACGCCCGCAGGGACUUCGAGCGGGCGGCGCGGCUGGGCAGCCCCUUCGCGCGGCGCCAGUUGGUGCUGCUCAACCCCUACGCCGCGCUGUGCAACCGCAUGCUGGCCGACAUGAUGGGGCAGCUGCGCGGCGCCCAGAACCAAUAAAGUCGCCGAGCUCGCCGCCGAC